AUGAUCGAAGAUGGUCAAUCAUUUAAUGACUUGAUUGAUACAGCAUUUGAGUACCAUAAUUAUGAAAUUGCCGAAUACCUUAAAUCAAAUUGUGGACAAACUUUUGAUUCAAUAGCAGAAAGCAUGCUUUUUGGAAAUUAUGAUGUUGCAUCUUGCUUAAUUUCUAAUGGAGCGGACAUCAACCAAACUUGCAUUUCCUUUCUCCUCAUAUUUAUCAUUGAUUUAUAG